GGAGUCUCGCUCUGUCACCCACGCUGGAUACAUUUUACAAGUUCUGCAGUGUUCACAUUUCAGAUGUACAAUCACUUGGGGUAGAAGACAAUGUUGCUGACACCAACAAUGUUACUGAGGGAAGGUCCUACGGCAGAAAUACGGUUAUAAGGUAUUUUGUAAAAGAAAAUCUCCUGACCAAAAUUUAUUAGAUGCAUAAAAUUGUUUUUAAGCAAUGGAGAGACAUAAUCACUAAACUCAGUGAGCUAUUGCAAUCAAACUUUCCAGGGAUUGUUUCCUUCAAUCAGAGGUCACCAAGGAAAGUAAAAUAAGUGCAGAGGUAGGAAGCAGUGCUGCAGUGCAGCAGAUCUCAGUGACUUUGUGUUUUGAGGCUGUGUAUUAUCCUCCUGAUAACUUUGAAGAUGAAUGUUGUAUUUCAUAACCAGGAAAAUAAUUGUAUAAUGAGGAGAGGAGUAGGCUAUUGCCUGUGAUCAUCGAAAUGCGAAUCACAUAAUAUUCCUGUAAUGAAAUCACUGAAACUAUUGGGAAAGGGGAUGUAUUUGAAGAUAAGUAUAAAUUGCACCUUCUAAAAGGCAAUUUUGGCAUUACUGAUACUCUCCGCAAAAAGUUGAAAUAAAUCAACUUGGAGGUACUUAGAAAAGUGGAGAAAAUGUUAGGAACAAUGAAAGAAAGAUAAAGUGUAUCCAGUAUAUUUCUAAUGAGUAAGUAUGGAAAACUACUGUACUCUGAGACGGUUUAGGCCAAGUCUGUGUUACGGCUAUCUUUAUAUAGAUAGUGCAUGUUUGAAGAUUGGGGAAAGCUUAUGUCAAUAGAUGUUUAUGUACUUAAUCUACAUGAUUUGCCUAAAAAUCUUCAAAGUUGGGUUGAAGGCAUUCCUAAGAGUACAUUUUUAGACGUCAUUAAAUAUACAGACCUAUCCACGUAGUUUUUGUUCUUUCAGUUAGGCACACAGUUAUAAUUAUUGCACUGGUUAACUUGAAGCAGCAGAGGCUGUAGUUUCCUAGUACUGACUCUGGGCGCCGCUGUUGGCCAAAGUGGGGAGCCUGGCGCUCCAGAUCUCCUCGCGCAGCCGCAGCGCGCUUUCCAGGGCAGCCCCAGCUCAGACUCCCCAGCGCCAGCCUUCACACCGCUUCCUCCUCAGAAAAAGAAGAGUUUUUUCUUGAACUGGAACUGGAACUAAAGUCCGUUCGGAGAUCCAAAAAUCUGCAAUACGGAGGUCAUUUGUAACCCGGAGACUCCAGGCUGGUGAGCAAGCUGAGGAGAGCAAGAGGGAUGGGGAGCGGCGCCGGGGAGCUGGGCCGGGCUGAGAGGCUGCCAGUGCUCUUUCUCUUCCUGCUGCGUUUGUUCUGCCCGGCGCUCUGUGAGCAGAUCCGCUACAGGAUUCCCGAGGAAAUGCCCAAGGGCUCCGUAGUGGGGAACCUCGCCACGGACCUGGGGUUCAGCGUCCAGGAGUUACCGACUCGAAAACUGCGCGUCAGUUCGGAGAAGCCUUACUUCACCGUGAGCGCAGAGAGCGGGGAGUUGCUUGUGAGCAGCAGGCUAGACAGGGAGGAGAUAUGCGGGAAGAAGCCAGCUUGUGCUCUGGAAUUUGAGGCUGUUGCUGAAAAUCCACUGAACUUUUAUCACGUGAAUGUGGAGAUCGAGGACAUUAAUGACCACACGCCAAAAUUCACGCAAAAUUCCUUUGAGCUGCAAAUAAGUGAGUCUGCACAGCCUGGCACACGAUUUAUAUUAGGAUCUGCCCAUGAUGCGGAUAUUGGUAGCAACACACUGCAGAAUUACCAACUCAGCCCCAGUGAUCAUUUCUCACUGAUAAAUAAAGAGAAAUCAGAUGGCAGUAAAUACCCUGAGAUGGUAUUGAAGACACCUUUGGACAGAGAAAAGGAGAAAUCCUACCACUUGACUUUGACUGCCUUGGACUUUGGAGCUCCACCCCUAAGCAGCACUGCACAGAUACACGUUCUAGUGACUGAUGCCAAUGAUAAUGCUCCAGUGUUCAGUCAAGACGUAUACAGGGUGAGCCUUUCAGAAAACGUGUACCCGGGGACCACGGUGCUACAGGUGACUGCCACGGACCAGGAUGAGGGUGUCAAUGCCGAGAUUACUUUCUCUUUCAGUGAAGCUAGCCAGAUCACCCAAUUUGACCUGAACUCUAACACCGGGGAGAUUACUGUUUUAAGUGCAUUAGAUUUUGAAGAAGUCAAAGAAUAUUCCAUAGUUUUGGAAGCAAGGGACGGUGGAGGAAUGAUUGCGCAAUGCACAGUGGAGGUAGAAGUCAUAGAUGAAAAUGACAACGUCCCAGAAGUGAUAUUCCAGUCUCUACCCAACCUAAUCAUGGAGGACGCCGAGCUGGGAACACAUAUUGCUUUGCUCAAAGUCCGUGACAAGGAUUCCAGACACAAUGGAGAAGUUACUUGUAAAUUGGAAGGUGAUGUUCCAUUUAAAAUAUUAACUUCCUCAAGAAACACAUAUAAAUUAGUGACAGAUGCUGUUCUAGACCGCGAGCAGAAUCCAGAGUACAAUAUCACCAUUACGGCAACAGAUCGGGGCAAGCCUCCCCUCUCCUCCAGUUCCAGCAUCACCCUGCACAUUGGUGAUGUAAACGACAACGCUCCGGUUUUCUCACAGUCUUCCUAUAUAGUCUACGUGACGGAGAACAACCCGCCUGGAGCCUCUAUUUCACAAGUCAGCGCUUCUGAUCCUGACUUGGGGCCCAACGGCCAAGUCUCUUACUGCAUCAUGGCCAGUGACCUGGAGCAGCGGGAGCUGUCAUCCUACGUGUCCAUAAGCACGGAGAGCGGGGUGGUGUUCGCGCAGCGCGCCUUCGACCACGAGCAGCUGCGCGCCUUCGAGCUCACACUGCAGGCCCGCGACCAGGGCUCGCCAGCGCUCAGCGCGAACGUGAGCCUGCGGGUGUUAGUGGGCGACCUCAAUGACAAUGCGCCACGGGUGCUGUACCCCGCGCUGGGUCCCGACAGCUCUGCGCUCUUCGAUAUGGUGCCGCGCGCUGCAGAGCCCGGCUACCUGGUGACCAAGGUAGUGGCGGUGGACGCAGACUCAGGACACAACGCCUGGCUGUCCUACUACGUGCUGCAGGCUAGCGAGCCCGGGCUCUUCAGCCUGGGGCUGCGCACGGGCGAAGUGCGCACAGCGCGUGCCUUAGGCGACAGGGACGCGGCCCGCCAGCGCCUGCUGGUCGCCGUGCGUGACGGUGGACAGCCACCACUCUCGGCCACUGCCACGUUGCACCUGGUCUUCGCCGACAGCUUGCAGGAGGUGCUGCCGGAUAUCACUGACCGCCCCGACCCCUCUGACCCCCAGGCUGAGCUGCAGUUUUACCUGGUGGUGGCCUUGGCCUUGAUCUCAGUGCUCUUCCUCGUGGCCAUGAUUCUGGCCAUUGCCUUGCGCCUGCGACGCUCUUCCAGCCCCGCCACCUGGAGCUGCUUCCAGCCUGGUCACUGUGUUAAAUCCGAAUCCGUGGUUCCCCCCAACUACAGCGAGGGGACUUUGCCUUAUUCCUACAAUCUAUGUGUUGCGCAUACAGGAAAGACGGACUUUAAUUUCCUAAAAUGUAGUGAGCAGUUGAGUUCAGGACAAGACAUACUUUGCGGUGAUUCAUCUGGGGCCUUAUUUCCACUUUGUAAUUCCAGCGAAUUGACUUCCCAUCAGGUGAGUUUCCUUUAAGUAUAAUUUAAUUUUCAUUGCCUACCCAUUUCUCCAUAUUCACAAGAAAA